AGGCGGGUGCUUCAGUUCGCGACAUCAUCUCCGUGCGGGUGGAGGGGCUUGCACGAGCUCGAACAUCUCUUCGCAUACGGACGAACUCUUUGGGGAGAUCGUGCACGAUGGGCCCGGGCCCCAGUGUGGCCCAUUGGGCCUAAAUGAGCACUUACCACACGUACCCGAGUCGCGGAUCGCGGACCAUGGGCUGGACCCGCGCCAACGAUCCGGUAUUCUCAACAAUUUCCCCUUGGAACUUAUGUUGCAUCCAGAAAAGUCCAGCCUCACAUCACCACAAAGAUGUGCUUACGAAAUAUGGUACAAAGCCAUCAACGGCCUCGUCUGGGAAGCACCACCACCUGAAGGUAUCCUCGAGGAAUGGACUGUCCUCCUCCAAGACGUCCCUUAUUAACACGGAACUGCCCCAUUUGGAGCAUGGAAAGGCAUCAUCCAAACUGAGCUUGCAAGUGCACGGGAAAACGGCCACAACGCCCAUUUCGCCCUCAAGAGAUUGCUUUCCUGCCAUCAACAACAACUCCAGGAGCCAAAUUAAUAUGUCCAACAACAACAAGGACGAACAUCACAACAAUGGGCCACUCACACCCACAGAAGCGCUUAGGCUGUAUGGGAACCGAUUGACUGAGUUCGAAAAGGCGGAAAUCGAGACGUACUCCAAAAUCUGGUACUUGGGCCUCGACGCGUGCAAAAUCCAUGGAGAAGUCGGACGCUCCCAGAACGGUGGAUACGAUGAUGACAGCGGAAGCUACAACAAGGUUUUGCACGAUCACAUCAGCUACCGCUACGAAAUUCUCGAGGUAAUUGGUAAGGGGAGUUUCGGGCAAGUGAUCAAGGCUUUGGAUCACAUGACCAACAAACCGGUAGCCAUCAAAAUCAUCCGCAACAAGAGACGCUUCCAUCAUCAAGCUCUCGUCGAGGUGAAGAUCCUGGACCAUCUACGUAAAAAGGACGCUGAUGGAUCGCACAAUGUCAUCCACAUGCUGGAGUACUUUUACUUUAGAAAUCAUCUCUGCAUCUCUUUCGAAUUGAUGAGCAUCAACUUGUAUGAACUCAUCAAGAAGAACAACUACCAGGGAUUCAGCCUCAAUCUGAUAAGGAGAUUUGCGAAUUCCCUACUGAAAUGUUUACGUCUUCUUCAAAAGGAGCACAUCAUACAUUGUGAUCUCAAACCGGAGAACGUGUUGCUACAGCAGAGAGGCAGCUGCUCCAUAAAAGUCAUAGACUUUGGAAGCUCGUGCUACUCCAGCCAGCGCGUCUACACCUACAUACAAUCCAGAUUUUAUCGCUCUCCGGAAGUCAUACUAGGUCUCACUUACGGAACCCCCAUUGACAUGUGGAGUUUAGGUUGCAUCCUCGCUGAACUCUAUACCGGGUAUCCCCUAUUCCCAGGCGAAAAUGAAGUGGAACAAUUAGCUUGUUUGAUGGAGGUUUUAGGUGUACCGGGCGAUGAAAUUAUCAACGCGGCAACUAGGAGAAGACUGUUCUUUGACUCCAGGGGAAACCCAAGAUGCUUGACCAAUACAAAAGGACGCAAACGAAAGCCAGGAUCAAAGAACUUGGCCAUUGCGUUGAAAUGCAAUGACGCCCUUUUCAUUGAUUUUAUCUCAAGAUGCCUCGAAUGGAACCCCAGAAAAAGAAUGACCCCGGACGAAGCGCUUCGACACGAAUGGAUCCAAUCGGCGAUGGCCCAGAAAUCUGGAGAUUUGAGGCACAGCUUAUCGGAGGCGAGCGUAAACCAGGAAUCGUCCAGCCAUUCGAGCAGCGGCACUUCCAGUAGUUACUCUCGGCAGCAUUAUAAGUGUGUUGUCGUGAAAAGUGAUAAAGUAUUAAAGGCCAAAAUCGUAGACAGUAGUAAACUAAACGAAGUCUGUACGUCGGUAGACUCAAAUUUGAACGAUUCCGGAACGUUCCUUCCGCCAAUCCUCUAGUUUAGAAAACAAAGCGAAGAAUAAAAAUGAAGGAAAAAAAAAUCACAUUAAACAAGAUGAGAAAUUACGGUCGACCAAAUCAUAUAUUUCAUUGUUUAGACUAUAUAUAAUAUAUAUGUUGCGUUACCCCAUUUUUUUUUCUAAUAUAUUUUUUAACGACAAUUAGCGGAAUUUAUUAAUUUCCAUAGCGCUCUCUAAUUAAAACGCAUUAUAGCGGAAAAAUAAAUUUUAAAAAAUAUGCCAACAAUUAGUCUACGUUUUGUUUUGUUCGACUAGAUAGAUAAUUGUUGUUGUGACUGAAUAUGCCUGUUCGAAGUUGAGGAAUCAGAUAUUUCAAGCUUGUUAAUGUAAAAGGAUUGAAUAUAAAUGAAAAUAUUAAGAAGACAAAAAAAAUCUAUCAACAGAAGAAUAGAAUAUUUUAGCAUAAUGAUUAUCAUAAGAUUAAGAAAGAAUGAUUUUUAAGUGUAUUUAUAACGCCUUUUGAAUAUGUAUUUAAUUGCAAUUUUUUUAGACAAACGUUUGUAAUAGUAUCCCCACCCUCUAUGCUAAAGUCCUUUAAACAGCGUUCAAACUAAAAACAAUGUUCAAAUGUUUCAAACAACGAGAAUGAAAAUCCAAAUCGGUUAUUAAAGGGCUCUAGCUUUAAUUUUACGUGUGUUUUGUUGUGCUUGUGGUAAAGUCAUUUUCAGAGAAAUCGUUGCUGCCUUGAGGACCACACGAAACAAACACAAAUUGAAAUGUGCAGAAUCACACUCAAUCCUAUUUAACACACAAUGUGUUCUCUGAAAUUGGCUUGAGGGCUUUAGUAGCCAUUUUUGUAAGACAAAACAAUUAUAACGCAAAUUUACUGUAUGAUCCCUAUUGUGAUAUCAACUGAUAAUAUAUUUGUAGUAGACACCCUGGCCUAGGACGUAAACGAUAAUUAAUUGUCUACAGGAUUUAUUACAUAAUCAAAGUAACUCUUAAGACAUAGGUUAUUAUUUUUUCGAUUAGUUCGAUUUAUUCUCCCUCGGACAUUUCUUACUCUCGAAAAACAUACAAACAAAAAAAAGAUAGUAAUAGAAGCAGAAUUAAAACAAAAGUAUUACAAAUCGUUGCACUUUGAUACGGAAAAUUUGUUAGUAAACAUUUGUAACAUCGCGAUAUAAGACUGAAGCAGCAAAGUCUUUACAUAUUAUAUUUAUUUUAUGAACAGAAAUUCCCUUAAGGGAUUUAACAAAAUCAUUUUUAUCAAAAUGAAAUAUAGAAUCCCCUUCUAAUCUAUUAUUUCACUCAUUAUUCAUAAUUGUGUAAUCUAUAUUUAAAAAAUAAAUAAAACUUUAGAAAGUAA